AGUGGAAAAUGUGGAAUAUUCCAUGUGUCAAAACUCUGGAGCGGCCAGCCGCCCACCAGACACGAUGCUACAGAAGGGACUGUAAUUGGAACACAGAUCUCGAUUUCCUCCAUAAUUUUCUCAACACCUAGCUAGCUAGGGUUUCUCCGCUCGAUCGAAGAAGGCAAACAACUGUGAGCAGGAAGGGGGCGUUUACAGCUCUCUCCACUUUCUUCAGGCGGAACAAAUUCUGUCCAAGAAAUGGCAAACAUAGACAUCAUGGGAAUCUUGAAAGACGUCCCAACUGAUAGCCGACGUGUUCCCAAGACAAAGAUAGUUUGCACUUUGGGACCCGCAUCUCGAUCAGUUCCAAUGCUCGAGAAGCUUCUUCGGGCUGGAAUGAAUGUCGCCAGGUUUAAUUUUUCGCAUGGGACCCACGAGUACCACCAGGAGACCUUGAACAACCUCAAGAUUGCUAUGUACAACACGCAGAUCCUCUGUGCUGUCAUGCUUGAUACCAAGGGCCCUGAGAUCCGAACCGGUUUCUUGAAGGAUGGAAAACCAGUACAACUCAAGGAAGGCCAAGAAAUCACCGUGACAACCGACUACAGCAUAAAGGGAGAUGGAGAGACGAUAUCCAUGAGCUACAAGAAACUAGCUGUGGACGUGAAGCCUGGGAAUACCAUUUUGUGUGCAGAUGGGACCAUAACACUCAGUGUUCUGUCGUGCGAUCACUCUGCUGGAACAGUAAGAUGUCGCUGCGAGAACACGGCCAUGUUAGGCGAAAGGAAGAAUGUGAACCUUCCGGGUGUUGUGGUUGACCUCCCUACACUAACGGAGAAGGACAAGGAAGAUAUCCUUGGUUGGGGUGUUCCUAACAACAUUGACAUGAUUGCCCUUUCCUUCGUGCGCAAAGGUUCAGACCUUGUUAAUGUUCGCAAGCUUCUUGGCCCGCAUGCUAAGCGCAUACAGCUUAUGUCAAAGGUUGAGAACCAAGAGGGAGUUGUGAAUUUCGACGAAAUCCUCCGCGAGACGGACUCAUUCAUGGUUGCGCGGGGCGAUCUCGGCAUGGAAAUCCCGGUCGAGAAAAUCUUCUUGGCCCAAAAAAUGAUGAUCUACAAGUGCAAUCUGGUGGGCAAGCCCGUGGUCACCGCCACCCAGAUGCUGGAGUCCAUGAUCAAGUCGCCCCGGCCCACGCGCGCCGAGGCCACCGACGUGGCCAAUGCCGUCUUGGACGGCACCGACUGCGUGAUGCUGAGCGGCGAGAGCGCCGCCGGGGCGUACCCGGAGAUCGCCGUGAAAAUCAUGGCCAGAAUCUGCCUGGAGGCAGAGUCGUCCCUCGACUACAGCGCCAUAUUCAAGGAGAUGAUCAGGUCCACCCCACUUCCCAUGAGCCCACUGGAGUCUCUGGCCUCCUCAGCCGUGCGCACCGCCAAUAAGGCCAAAGCAAAGCUCAUCGUGGUGUUGACGCGCGGCGGCACCACCGCCAAACUGGUUGCCAAGUACAGGCCGGCCGUGCCCAUCCUCUCCGUGGUGGUGCCAGUCCUAACCACAGACUCUUUUGACUGGAGCGUCAGCGAUGAAACCCCCGCCAGGCACAGCCUGAUCUACAGAGGCCUGAUUCCCCUUCUGGGUGAGGGGUCCGCGAAGGCCACCGACGCCGAGUCGACCGAGGUGAUUCUUGGGGCCGCGCUGAAGUCGGCCACCCAGAGGGGGCUCUGCCAGUCUGGGGACGCCGUUGUGGCGCUGCACCGGAUCGGCGCGUCUUCGGUCAUCAAGAUCUGCAUUGUGAAGUAGAGUUGUUGUGUUUGAAGUUCUUUUUAACCUUCCCAUGGGUUUGGGAAGAAGAGUUGGGUAAGUUUCUUCUUCUGUUAUAUCUUUGUGCAUCCUGCAAAAUUAAAAAUAAAAGAACUGGUUUUUAUCUGUAGUGUGGUUUUAGUAGUUUGGCCAAUGAAGACGGUGUUUGAUUAAUUAUGGAUUUCUAUAAAAGAACAUCAAUCAU